CGGAACCGAAGAAUUUCUCGUCAUGAUAGCAAACCUGAUACCAAAGGCUUGAAUUGCUUCGCACCGCUGCGCAAACCCCCGUAGUGCCACCAUUUCCCGGAGAUGAACACCUGACGGGCAAACCACCUUACGCUUUUUUUCCUUCUCUGUUCAUAUUCUUUCUGUCACUACCUUCUCCCGAUAUGUCGUAUAUUCAAAGGCAGACGACACGAAUUACAGGCGUCAAAAGCCAUGAGCCUCGGGACGAUGGACGGAGACACAGCGUCAGCAGCGGAACAGGCAAAGUCCCGAACGCAAAGAAGCCCAGGUCACGGCCCCCUACAAGCCUUCGCGACAAGCUUGGGUUUCUGCAAGGUCAUUUGCCCCCCUCUUCGGGCCCGUAUAGUGUUGGAUCGAUGGAUAUCGAAGUACCCGCCGAAUCCCCACGGACGUUCUCCAACAUCACCCGCGAUGGCCGUCAUGUACUCCAACUGGAAACAGUGCUCUUUACCCUUUACUAUCCAGCCGCAUUUGGUGCCGGUAGAGGCAAGGACCCAGGAGGCAGGCGAAAAUGGUCACGAGAAACCUGGCUACCAAGACCCCGCAAGGAAACUGCUAAAGGAUAUUCGAAGUUUGCCGGCCUAUCCAACUCAGUUGGGAUACCUUUCCUCGCUUUGACCACUAUGUUCACAAAGCUGCAUGCUUUCCGAAAUGCACCGCCUGCGAUACAUUGGCCGCCAGAGGGGAAUAGUAAGCAAGACGGGUAUACGAUCAAGAAUCAGGAAGGAUCGCCGCCUGAAGGAGCCUCCGAUGAGCCCACAUUCCCGCUCCUCUUGUUCAGUCAUGGGCUUGGAGGGACCCGAAAGUGUUACUCGACAAUGUGUGCGGAAUUCGCCAGCUACGGCUUUGUCGUCUGUGCGGUGGAGCACCGGGACGGUUCAGGACCGCGUACUAUCGUAAACCAUGCGAAGGGUGGAGACGGCAGCAUGCAGGAUCAGGAAAGGUAUGACAAGGUCGACCACACAGAGAAAGAGCGGCAAAGAGGCUACGAUAAGAUUGAUUAUAUCUUCCCAAAGAAUAACCCUUUGGACACCUCCCCGAAUAACGACAAAGGUGUGGACCGCGAGCUUCGGGACGCUCAAAUCGAACUACGUCUCGCGGAGUUAGAAGAAGCAUACCGGGUCCUAAGAGAUAUCGCAGAAGGGAGGGGAGAGGAGGUAGCUAGGCAGAACCUUCGUCAAGAGGGCUACGUCGGCGGCAGCUCUCGCGGGCUAAAUGGUGUCAACUGGUCGAAGUGGAAGAAUAGGUUUCACGUUGACAAGAUCACGGUGGCCGGCCAUUCGUUUGGAGCUGCGACAAUUGUCGAGGUCCUGAGGAAUACGGACAGAUUCGAAAAUGUCCAAGGUGGAAUCAUCUAUGAUAUAUGGGGUGCGCCCAUCAAACCACCGGAGGAUGAUCCGAAACACAGGAUUCAUUUGCCUCUUCUCGGCAUCAACAGCGAAGCUUUCAUGUACUGGCAGCCUAAUUUUGAUGCUGUCAUGUCUUUGAUGAAUGAGGCGAAGGAGCAGAAAGCGCCAGCAUUCCUCUGCACAGUUCGUGGGUCUAUACAUAUUUCACAAUCGGAUUUUACGAUACUAUACCCGCAUCUAUGUUCCUUCUCCUUCAAGGCAACAGUCAAUCCACAGAGGGCUAUUGAUCUCAAUAUCAGCGCGUCUUUGGAAUUCCUUAGAGACGUCACCGAAGGCGCCGGCAAAUCAAUCAUACAGCGCUGCCUCACCGAUGAGAAUCUCCUGCAAACGGAGUUGAUAGGCGAUGUUCCCGACGAGCACAGACCCGACGAUGAAUUCAUUGCCGCGCGUCUCAAGAUCCCACACGAGGCCAGAACCCGUAUGGCGGCAAAAGCCCAACGAAAGAUUAAGAGGACGAAAGCACACGGCUUUUACAGUACUGGAGAUGAGAUAUGGAUGCACUGCAGGCCAGACGGCGAAGAGCUAAGAAACUGGAGGGUGAAGAAUCGGUGUACCUUCGGAAGCGAUGACGAUGUUGGACGAGAGGAAGAGGUAGAGCUGCGAGAUGAAGCGAAGGACAUGGAGAGUGCGUCUGAAGACGUAUCUGGAGAAGAUUUCCAAAGGACGGAGGUCGGGAAAUCUUCCAGCAAUACGUCACAGGAGAAUUGGCUGGGCUGCAAGCCUUCGUUGAAGAGCGGUCCCAGCCCAGAGCGAGAACGGCCUUGAACUUGAUGCCGACACUGAAAAGGUCAGAUAGUCUCCCACAUAUCGAUAUGCAUGUCAGCGGCCUAAGGGU